GCUGGAGGCCUGGCUGCCCCUGCUGGUCUUCCAAUGAAGUACAUUCUGGUGACUGGUGGAGUCAUCUCGGGCAUUGGCAAAGGCAUCAUUGCCAGCAGCAUUGGCACCAUCCUGAAGUCCUGCGGCCUGCGUGUGACUGCCAUCAAAAUCGAUCCGUACAUCAACAUUGAUGCUGGCACCUUCUCCCCAUAUGAGCAUGGUGAAGUGUUUGUACUGAACGAUGGUGGAGAAGUGGAUUUAGACCUGGGAAACUAUGAGAGGUUUUUGGACAUCAACCUCUAUAAGGACAACAACAUCACCACUGGCAAGAUCUAUCAGCAUGUCAUUAACAAGGAGAGGCAUGGGGAUUACCUGGGCAAAACAGUGCAAGUUGUUCCACACAUCACUGAUGCAGUUCAGGAGUGGGUCAUGACUCAGGCAAAGGUUCCAGUGGAUGAUGACAGAGAGGAGCCACAGAUCUGUGUGAUUGAGCUGGGAGGAACCAUUGGGGACAUUGAAGGGAUGCCAUUUGUUGAAGCUUUCAGGCAGUUCCAGUUCAAAGCUAAAAGAGAGAACUUCUGCAACAUCCAUGUCAGUCUAGUGCCACAGCCUAAUGCCACUGGUGAGCAGAAGACGAAGCCCACGCAGAACAGCGUCCGAGCACUGAGGGGGCUGGGCCUGUCUCCAGAUUUGAUUGUCUGCAGAAGUGCAAAGCCUAUAGAAAUGGCAGUGAAGGAGAAGAUUUCCAUGUUCUGCCAUGUGGAGCCUGAGCAGGUGAUAUUCAUCCAUGAUGUGUCUUCCACAUACCGGGUGCCCAUCCUGCUGGAGGAGCAGGGCAUCAUGAAGUACUUCAAGGAGAGGCUGAAUUUACCUAUUGCUGACCAGCCAAGUGAUCUGCUGCUGAGAUGGAAGAAGAUGGCAGACAGGUACGAGAGGCUGCUGAAGGUGUGCUCCAUAGCUCUGGUGGGCAAGUACACAAAGCUCAGUGACUGCUAUGCCUCUGUUUUCAAGGCUCUGGAACACUCUGCCCUGGCAAUUAACCACAAGCUGGAUUUAAUGUACAUAGAUUCAACAGAGCUUGAACCCUCUACAGAAGCAGAGAACUCAGUGAAGUACCACCAGGCAUGGCACAAACUGUGCAAAGCAGAUGGCAUUCUGGUCCCAGGAGGGUUUGGAAUCAGAGGAACAGAAGGGAAGCUCCAAGCCAUCUCCUGGGCAAGAAAAAAGAAAAAACCUUUCCUUGGAGUUUGCCUGGGAAUGCAGUUAGCUGUGGUGGAAUUUGCCAGGAACUGCUUGAACUGGCCAGAUGCAAACUCCACAGAAUUUGACCCAGACACAAAGAACCCUGUGGUCAUUGAUAUGCCAGAGCACAACCCAGGAGAUAUGGGUGGCACAAUGAGGCUGGGGAAGAGGAGGACUGUGUUCAAGACACAGAAUUCUGUGUUAAGGAGGCUUUAUGGUGAUGAAAUGUUUGUAGAGGAGCGACACAGGCAUCGGUAUGAGGUGAACCCAGAACUGACUCAGUGCUUUGAAGAGAAAGGUUUGAAGUUUGUUGGCCAUGAUACAGAAGGGAACAGAAUGGAAAUGAUUGAGCUGGAGAAUCACCCAUAUUUUGUGGGGGUUCAGUUCCACCCAGAGUUUUCCUCCAGACCUAUGAAGCCUUCACCUCCCUACCUGGGGCUGCUGCUAGCAGCAACUGGGACGCUCAGUGCUUACCUGCAGCGUGGCUGUAAACUGUCUCCCAGUGACAGCUACAGCGACCUCAGCGACGACAGCUCUCCAGAGAAAGAUUUGCACAGUUCAGAAAGAAGCUGAAGUGCUUGUAGGAGAGCAGCACACAAAUGGAUGAUGCUGAGACAGUUGGGAACAGGACAACAUUACCAGAAGGAAGUGGAAGAGAAAGCUGCUUGUGGUCCUCAUGCUGUCCCCUCCUGUGCUGCUGUCAGUCACUCUCCUGACAGCUGCCUGUCCUGCAGCAGGAACUCUUCUGUGCUGAUGCUGCUGCUCUUCCAGACAUGGGGGUGCAGCUCAGCUCCUCCUCCUCACUGCCCCCUGCCCUGUAGCUCAGAGAGACCUCAGCUCAAGCUUGAACCAUUCACAGCUGCUCCUGACUGGAAGACAGAUUUGAUUCUAUGCAGUUUGCCUCAUGAACUGGAAGGGCAAAUGCAGGAGCUCCUGAGAGUCCCCCUGGAAGAGGUUGGGGGUGGGAAAGUUGGCUGAGCCAUGAGCAGCACAGAGCUGCUUCAGCUUUGUUCCUCUGUUAGGCUUCCCUGUAGAGAUUUUGGGCUGGUUUGGGCUGGUUCAUUUGAUUUG